AUGCCAGGCCAGGGCGUGGCCAGGAAGAGGUGUGUGGGCUGUAGCGCCCCGCUGGGCAUCGCCAGCCGCUCCUGCCCCAGCUGCCGGUCGGAGCAGCCCUACAAACUGUGGCUCAAGAAAAAGAUGGAGAAGUUUGACUCCAACCGAGAGAGCUGGAUCAAAGCCCAGAAGAGGUACCACAUGUCCUCCCACGUCAGAGGAGAGGCCGUGCUGCUGCUGGAGAAGCUCCACGCGCUGGGCAUGAGGGCGGUGCUGUGUCUGGCGAGGCCAGGCAGGAGGCCAGGCUCCUGGGCGUCGGAGCUGCUGGCCCCCCGCUGCCACUUCAACCACGCGGCCGCCGCCGCGCUCAAACGCAUCCAGGCCCUGUACGAGACCGUCGUCCCAGGCUGGAGUGAGACGGCCCUGAAGGCUGGAGCUCCAGCGGCAGAGACCCACGUCUCACUUGCUUCCCCCACACCCAUGACCCAACCCCCCGCCGACCAGUGCUCCACGAUGGAGCAGGGCCCCACGAUGGAGCAGGGACCUGGGUUGGAGGAGGGCCCCACGAUGGAGCAGGGCUCCAAGAUGGAGCAGGGCCCCGCGAUGGAGGAGGUGGAAGGCCCUGCGAUGGACCAGGUGGAUGGCCCCAUGGUGGUGGAGGGCCUUGUGGAGGAGGUGGAAGGCCUCCCGAUAGAGGAAAUAGAAGGGCCCACGGUGGAGGUGGUGGAGGGCCUUGUGGAGGACCUUGUGGAGGAGGUGGAAGGAAAGCUGUUGAAAACACUGACAUUUCACUUCUUCACAGCCCUCAAAACCAGAGAGGUGGACAACGAACAGCCAGAGGGCUCCUCAUCGUCUCUCCAGUGUGAGGAGGUUUCAGUCUCUGUAGAGACCAGAGCACCUCUCGAGUGGGAAAGCUCUGAGCAGUACCCCGGUCGCCGCCCCGGGCCAGAGGGCCCCGGAGCGGCGACCGGGGGUUACGGCUGCGAGCAGUGCGGGAAGACCCUCUCCACGGCCCGGAGCCUCAAGGCCCACGCGCGCGUCCACACGGGGGAGCGGCCCCACGUGUGCCCGCUGUGCGGCAAGUCGUUCCACCAGCCGGGCGCCCUCCGCCACCACCAGCGCGGCCACAGCGGCGACCGGCGCCACCUGUGCGCCCACUGCGGCAAGACCUUCGCCCGCGCCGACGUCUUCAACGCCCACCUGCAGACCCACUCGGGCAAGAAGCCCCACCGGUGCCCCGACUGCGGCAAGAGCUUCCUGCGGCCCGCCAACCUGCGGCGGCACCGGGCGGUGCACACGGGCGAGCGGGCCUUCCUGUGCACGCAGUGCGGCAAGGGCUUCAAGCAGGACAGCCACCUGCGCUCGCACCAGCGCUCGCACACGGACGAGCGGCCGCACGGCUGCCCGCAGUGCGGCAAGCGCUUCCGGCUGGCGGCCACGCUGCGGCAGCACGCGCUCAUCCACACGGGGGACAAGCCCCACCGCUGCCCGUACUGCGAGCGGCGCUUCCGCAGCGCGGGGCAGCUGCGGACGCACCAGGAGCGCGGCCACCCGCCCGACAGCCCGUACGGCUGCGGCCGCUGCGGCCUGGCGCUGGCCGACGCGCUGGCGCUGCAGAGCCACGAGGCGCUGCACGUCGAGGAGAAGCCCUACCAGUGCGUGCACUGCGAGAAGGCCUUCGGCCAGGCCAAGGCGCUGCGGCAGCACCAGCUGCUGCACUCGGGGGACAAGCGGUACCGCUGCGCGGCGUGCGACAAGGCCUUCACGCGGCUCGUCACGCUGCACACGCACCAGCGCAUCCACACGGGCGAGCGGCCCCACGCCUGCGCCUCGUGCGGCCAGACCUUCAUGUGGCUGGCGCAGCUGCAGAGCCACCAGAGGCUCCACGCCGGCGAGCGGCCGCACCGGUGCCCCCACUGCGACGAGGCCUUCGCGCGGCCCUCGGAGCUGCGGCUGCACACGCUGCGGCACCCGGCGGCGACGCGGCACCCAUGCGCGCACUGCGGCAAGAGCUUCGGCCACCUGGGGGCGCUGAGGACGCACGAGCACACGCACGCCAUCGACAGGCCCUUUGCGUGCGACCAGUGCGGCAAGAGCUUCGCGUGGCGGUACCAGCUGCAGUCGCACCAGCGCGUGCACUCGGAGGUCCGGGUGAGGCACUGCCAGGAGUGCGGGGAGAGCGUCACCGAGUCGCGGCGCUCCAAGAAGCACGUCUGUGUCCACGCCGCUCGGUGACGAGGCACGCCGGUCGUCAAGCACGGAAGACACCGGUUGAAGUGUGUGUGUGUGUGUGUGUGUGUGUGUGUGUGUGUGUGUGUGUGUGUGUGUGUGUGUGUGUGUGUGUGUGUGUGUGUGUGUGUGUGUGUGUGUGUGUGUGUGUGUGUGUGUGUGUGUGCUACAUGUCUGAAUAAAUCUCUUC